AUGAGGAGGAUGAGGCGUUCAACUGUGGGAAGAAAUCAUUUUCGUGGGAGAAAGUCAAAUUUCAGUGUUACCGCGCUGAAAAAAGUCUCGAGAUCCCAGGUAAUAAACGAGUCUCUUCGUAAACUCAGAGGACUCGUAAUCUAUAUUAUCAAGAAUCUAACUGUUGUGCGCAGAGGGAAAAAGCGACCCAUUGACGAGGUCGCGGCUUCUGAUUCGGAUGGACCUUUCAUCGCAAGUCCCAUUCACGACAGUCCAAAGAAGCCCCGUGUAGCUCCCUCCGCGACUAAGAAGCCUCCCACCACGCCAUUGAAAGCAACCCCAGCGAAGGCGGCAACUAAGGCAGCUUCUCCCACUAAGCUCAAGACCACUCCAGCGGUGAAUAACAAGUCAACCUCUCCCAGCAAGGCGGCUUCAGCUAAGAAGAGUAAAGUCGCUGCCAUCAACGAAGAUGAUGACGAACUAGAACAGGAAUCCGUGGACAGCGACGAUCCAAGUGAACUUGGAAACGAAUCACCAACGCCCACAGGAAAAAAAAAUAAGACCCGGCAACUUGUCUUUGAUUCCUCAGUGUUGAAGGCGAAAGGGAGCGUCCAAGCAUACAAGAAGAAGAAAGGUGCUCAAGAUGUUUUCCAUAACGAUGCCACAAUGUCCGACGAUGAGAUCACUGAAAAAAAGGUUGUUUUUUUAGAAGAUGUUGACCGUGAUCCGCCCGCUAGUUAUCCCAAGCUGUCGAAGUGUCACGUAUCUGCUCCAGAUCUUGUUGACCCUCUUCUUGAAAGUUCCUACAAGAAGCUGACCAAGUUGCCUGGCGGCCUGAAGUUUAUCUCCUGGAAAGGAGAUGCCGACAAAGAAGAUGAGGAUGGAAAUGGGAUGAUACUCUUCUCAAGUAUUAAAACCGUCCAUCCCGACAUUGAUUUGAAGUAUGUCAAAGGGCUGGUGACCUUUGAGAAAGACUAUAGUCUGAACGUUAUCAACCUUUCUCGUAUCGAUCCAUCGCUUCUUGUCAGUAAGAAGACACCUGGUCAAACAAAAGGGGGGCCUAUGGUGUUUAUACGAGAUCGCAAGACCCCUGCCUUGUGCGUAACGCUUGGAAUCAUUGCCGACGACCAGACAGCUUCACCUCGUCAACGUUACGGUGGAGAUAAAGAGGUCAAGUUCAUUACCGCAAAGCUUAUCGCAUAUGAGUAUGAGAGAAUGGUCGCCGUCCUUUGCAUGAUUCAUGGAAAGAGUCUGUUAGGGUACAGCUUGCCG